AUGCCUUCAUUAGUUACAUUGAACAAUGGCCAAAAGAUGCCAUUAGUAGGUCUAGGGUGCUGGAAGAUUUCAAAUGAUAUUUGUGCAGAACAAGUCUAUCAAGCUAUCAAAUUAGGUUACCGUUUAUUCGAUGGUGCCACGGACUACGGUAAUGAGGUAGAAGUAGGCCAAGGUAUCAAGAAAGCUAUUGACGAGGGAUUAGUAAAAAGAUCUGAUCUUUUUGUUGUCUCCAAAUUAUGGAAUUCUUACCAUCACCCCGAUCACGUUAAAUUGGCCCUAAAGAGAAAUUUACAGGAUCUAGGUCUUGAUUACAUUGAUUUGUACUACAUUCAUUUCCCAAUUGCUUUUAAGUUUGUUCCUUUCGAGGAAAAGUACCCUCCAGGAUUUUACACAGGUGUUGAUGACGCUAGGGAGGGCAUUCUCUCUGAAGCUAAAGUUCCCAUUCUUGAUACUUACCGGGCUUUAGAGGAAUGUGUUGACAAUGGUUUGAUCAAAUCAAUCGGUAUUUCCAAUUUCAACGGUGUUUUAGUUCAGGACCUUUUGAACGGCUGUAGAAUUAAGCCUGUAGCAUUACAAAUCGAACAUCAUCCAUACCUAACUCAGGAAAAGCUGGUUGAAUAUUGUAAGCUAAAGGGCAUUCAAGUUGUCGCAUACUCUUCAUUUGGUCCACAAUCAUUCAUCGAGUUGGACUCUCAAUUGGCCAAGAGUACACCAAGUCUUCUUGAACAUCCAAUCAUAAAAAAGAUUGCCGCUGCUCAUCGAAGCUCAACUCCCUCAGAAGUAUUACUAAGAUGGGCAACUCAAAGAGGCAUUGCUGUGAUUCCAAAAUCUACGAAGAAGGAAAGAUUGUUACAAAACUUGAAUGUAGAGGACUCUAUUACUUUGACUGAAGAAGAAUUAAAUGAAAUUUCCUCCUUAAAUAAAAAUAUUAGAUUUAAUGAUCCAUGGGAGUGGCUCAAUUCUAAAUUUCCUACGUUCCAUUGA